UGGCUCAGUUUUGUGCCGGUACCUUGUCCACCAGCUCUGCACCGGCCCCGUGCUCCAGCACAGUUGGCUGUGUGCGCCUGCAGCUCCAGACAUCAUCCCUGUGCUGCCUUCUGGCUGUCCUGUGCCAGUGCCUUGCCCUGUCCCUCUAUCACCUGCGCCCAUGUCGGCUCUGAAGGCCCAGGACCUCGAGGCACCCCUCGAGUGGGGUCUGGUGCUCCGGGGAGAUGCGCAGGGCAGAGCCCGGCGGGGCAGGUGGCUCCCCGGGGCCAGGCAGGAGCCCCGGGAGGAGGAGCAGCUGUCGGAGGAGAGCCGGCUGCGUCUGAUGUCACUGCGGUGCAUGGUGGGUAAUUAUGCACGUUGCAAUGAAAAUAAUAAGGCCGGCUCCAUAGUGGUGUCUAAAAAUACUGCUAAUGCGGAGUGCCUGCUGGGCGCCUUUGUUUGUCACCUUUGGGUGUCUGCUCUGGGGCUGGCCGGGUGGUGUCACACCCCUCGAGCACUGGGUUAGGUUUAGCAGGUGAAAUGAGGCCCCUCCAUCCCCCCCGCACUGGGACACAGUGCCAGUGGAGACAGGGCAGGUGUUGGCAUGGGAGCUGAGGCAGGAGGCACCUGUGUGUGUUUGGGAGGCUCCAGUGCCACCUCCCUGCACGCAGCUGUGCAAGGAGUCCUGGUGGGAUUGCAAAGCUUUGUUCCCCUAGCCUUGCUUGGAGCUAGGCACUCUCCAAGUGGUGGACAGAAAUCUUUCCUGAUGUCUCCUGGUGAGUACCAGCUGGUUUGAGGACAGAUCAGGAUCUGGGCCCUGGUGGUGUGGUCUGUCCAUCACUGGCAUUGUGUGGCCAGGGCAGAGCUCACCAGAGCUGGGGCUGACGGACCUUCCCUCUGUGGCUGCCACCGUGGUGUGUCCUGGCACUGACAGGACUCAGGCUGUGGCAACGUGCUGCUUUCUGGCUGAGCAAAGGAUGGAGGGAGGAAGGGAAAUGCACCUGGAACAGAGGGAAAUGAUGUGAUAGGUGCUGGGGAGCACCUGGGUGCUGGCCGAGGGCUGCCCAGCACUUUGAUGUCCACUCCGUGGGCUCUGCCUGGAUGCUCUCGGUGCAGCUCUGGCUGCUGCUGUGGUCCCUCCAUCUGCUGCCAGGCUUUGGAAGCUCCAGCUGCAGUGGAGGGAGAAGCUUGCAGGGGUGGCAAGAGCCAUCUGGAGCCUCCUGGCCUGGCAGGGGGAAGGUGUUGUGUGGCAGGGCAGCAGCGGAGGGCUGGGAAGGGCAGGAAAUGCUGAGCCCGUGUGCCUGGGUCUCAGUGACGAGCCUCUUCCGCUUUGUGUGCAGGGAGGUCACAGAGGUGGCGGCUGCUCUUGGUUCCCAGCUGGUGCUUGUGGUGGGCUCUGACUCCAGCUGUCAGCUGUGGGAGCUGAGCCUUGUCCCUCUUCACUGGGGAGCAAACAGGGAGAUGUCACCCUGCUGGCAUGCUGGGCUGCUUCGCCUUUAGGGUCACGGCUGCCUUCUUGGGGCCCUUGCCUGGAGAGGGAGUGUCGCUGCUGCCUCUGCUCUUGCCAGGUGCACAUUCCAACCUCUGAAGGCACGCGUGGCAGUGGUGUUCCCCUGAGCAGUGAAACACGCUGUCCCUACCUGCUGCGCUGCGUGACUCCCUUUGGUGAGUGAGGAACAAGGAAUGGGGUCGGAGACUUUGUGAAUCCCAUUGAUCCACACCACGGGAGCUGCGUGUUCGCAUCUGCCUGUCCAGGACCAGGGCCCUGUGAGGGGAAUUGAUCAAGCUGUAAAACCUAGAGCCAGCUAAUGAAAUAGGGACUAUAGAUUUUUAUUUUAAAUGGAAGAGAGUUUAGGAGAGAUUUAAUUAUCCUUGGUUGAUGGACCUGUUAGAGGAAUGAAAUAACAGCUGGCAGGUAAGGGCUGGGCUUCAUCUUGCAGCACUUUUCUCCCAGGUUGUCUGCAGAACUGCCCAAGUCCUGCCACCCAGGGUAGAGUAGGGAAUGAUGUAAAGUCACUUGGAGCAGAGUUAGACAGGGUGAAGUCCUGCUUAUCCUGCUGGGUGUCCCUGCUUCCUGCUGGGAGUACGUGUGCUGAAAUAGCAGAGGGGCUGGUCCUGGGCAAUUGGGGCUGGUGUAAGAACAGCUGUCCUUGGUCCCUGGGGUUUGCUGGGGGCCGGUCCUUGUGCCAGUGGAUAGCAGAGAGUUCGGGAGCCCUGUGCUCACUGGGUUGUCUCCCUUUUGGUGUCAUUUUCCUGGGGCCAUGGGCACUGAGCUCUCACUGACGCUCGGGUACCUGCGCAGUGUGUGGAGUUUGUAAAGGAGAGCUGCAGAGCGCUGGGAUUUGCUGGGCUCAGCUGUGUGUUGGACACAGGCUGUACCGCUGUCACUACAGCCACUCCUCCUGUGUGCAUCCACUCCACUGUCACGUGAGGCCAGCCUCGGGGCACGGCUCGGGAGGUGGUGGUGGCAGGCGGCACGGCGCUGGUUUGGCGCUGGUUUUCGGCAGAAAAGCCUGGCUUCUGGAUGCUUUUGGGGCUUUCACCUCUUUAUUGAGGAGCUGGGGCAUAACAUUUUCCCACGAUCCCUUGGCUCCCUGCUUGGACCAGUCUGGAGAAGCGUGGUUUGUCACCUGCUGUGUGUGGGUAAUUAAUUGGCCAAGGGGUUCGUGUACCCACCUUGCAGGCACAGCCUGUAGCGUGCCAGUCUGAUGUGUCCAGAGGCUGCUAAACAUCCAAGGAAGAGCUGCUGGGGCUGGGGAGCUCUCCCAGAGCCCUCUCCGACAUUGAUGCAGGAACUUGGGAGAGCCAAGCCCUGAGCCCUGCGGUCAUGAAGCUGCAUGAGGAUGUUGCGUGGCUCCCUGAGACAGAGUUCAAGGUGCUGCUGUCUUGCCCUGCCUGGAGCCUGAGGUCCCGUGUGCCCAUCCGCCUCCCGACGUCACCAAUGCGACCAUGGGAACUGGCAGUGAAUAGGCGGCCGCCCUCUGCCCCUUUUGCCCAGCGCCGUUUCUCGGGGGGACCCUGCAGCAGCCCCGACCACCUCCGGCGAAGCCCCUCUGCCAGGCGUCAGUGGGGACGACGCGAUCGACCUCUGGCAACCCUGCUGGGCCAGGAUGAGCCCCAGGUGCACCCUGCCUUCCCCCAGCAGCCGCACAUCCCUGUAGAUGAGCCCCGCGCCUACGCUCUUCCCAGCACGCCGCCACGAAUGCUUCACCCAGCCGCUCACCCACCCCACCAGAACCCAUUCAUGGUGGAUCUGCAUGACCAGGUGCACCAGGGACCUGUCCCUCUCUCCUACACGGUUACCACCGUAACGACGCAAGGCUUCCCCAUCCACGCCGGCCAGCACAUCCCUGGGUGCAGCACCCAGCAGCUCCCAGCAUGCUCAGUGAUGUUCAGCGGACAGCACUACCCGCUCUGCUGCCUCCCACCCCCGCUGAUUCAGGCAUGUGCCAUGCAACAACUUCCCGUCUCCUACCAGACAUUCCCCCCCAUCAUCUCCAGCGACCAUUACAUCCUGCACCCGCCCCCGCCACCAGUGCCCCCCCACCAGCCGCCCCACAUGGCCCCCCUGGGGCAGUUCGUACCUCUCCAAGCCCAGCAUCCACGUAUGCCUCUGCAGAGGAUAGACAAUGACGUGGACCUGCGAGGGGAGCAGCACCCCAUCGCAGGCUUCACGUACCCUCCGUCUCACCACGCUCCCACGCUGUCGCCCUCCAUGCCGCUGCAUUACCUCCCCCACGACCCGCUGCACCAAGAACUGCCAUUUGGCGUGCCAUACCCCCACAUGAUGCCCCGGCGGCUGAACACCCAGCGGUACCGGCUGCAACAGGCGCUGCCCCCACCGCCGCCCCCUCCGCCGCCUCCUCCGUACUAUCCGAGCUUCCUGCCCUAUUUCCUUUCUAUGCUUCCUGUGUCGCCAACGGCCGUGGGCCCCACGAUCAGCUUAGACCUGGACGUGGAUGAUGUGGAGAUGGAGAAUUACGAGGCACUGCUGAACUUGGCCGAGCGGCUGGGAGAGGCCAAGCCACGGGGACUCACCAAAGCAGACAUCGAGCACCUCCCGUCCUACCGCUUCAACCCCGAGAGCCACCAGUCUGAGCAGACCCUGUGCGUCGUGUGCUUCAGCGACUUCGAGGCCCGGCAGCUUCUCCGCGUCCUGCCCUGCAACCACGAGUUCCAUGCCAAGUGUGUCGACAAAUGGUUAAAGGCGAACCGCACGUGCCCGAUCUGCCGGGCGGACGCGUCGGAGGUGCAGCGGGAGGCGGACUGAGGCUGGCGGGCGCUGUGCCGCACAAUUCGCUAGAGGACAAGGACGCCGGGCUGGGGCGGGGGCCGCUGCCCGCUGCUGGGGCCUGACCCUGCGCUUACCCCCCCUCCCCAAAGCCUCUCCUCGGAUGUGGUGAGCAUUGAGCAGUCUGGGCUCCCGGCCAGCCCUCCUCCUCCCCGCCGGGGCACGGACUCAGCCGGACGCCUGCCCGCUGCGCUCCCAGGGCCCCGAAUCGUGUUGUGCUGGAGGCGGGAGGUGCGUGGCCGUGCCCUCUGCGCUCCAAAGACGCUGUUGUUGCUCCAUCACUUUCCAGGUCUUUGUACUCUCCUAGGGAAUUAGUGGUUUUUCCCUUUGUCACUAUUUUUUUUUUUUUUUUACGACAGUUUUUUUCCCCCUCGUUUCCUUUUAAUUUCCGUCAUGUUUUUGGUUCCUUGGCCGUUUGCCCUAGGGGCACGCAGGCGGCUCCUCCCCUCGGCGUUUCUCUCGGAGGACGCGGGGAGGAGAGAGGAGGGAGCGCUGCGGGUUUGAUGCCGGCAGCACCCCGGCCCCGGGGACAGCCGGAGGAGGUGGCUGGCAGAGCGUGGCCAAGGUGGGACACCAGCAACCCCGCGGCGCGGCUGGGGCAGAAAGGCAGGAACACAGGAAUGCCUCUGUCCCCGCUCCUGUGCGCAGCCUGGCACGGCCUCUCUCCUGCCUCGGCUGCCCUGGGGAGCCCCAGAGGGCUGUGGCUGCUUGGGGUGUUUCACCAGUGGGAGGACGGUGCUGGCGCAGCCCUGGCCCCCUCUCCCUGUUCAUUCCCCUGUGCCUGGCCAGCGCAGCUCCCGGGGCCGGGCCGUGUGGCAUCCCGCAAGGCAGCCAAGCUUGAGGAGGGGACACCGACCCCGUCCCUAGGGCUUUGGGCACGCGGUGUCCCCGGUGUGCUGCCCGGCCCCUGGCUCCUGCUCGUAUCUGUGUCCCGACGACGUAAAUCAAGGUAGCCCCGUGCCCCGUCCUGCUGGCUGGACGGCGCGGUUUCCCCGCCGUGGGCAGCGAGGGGCCGGCUGGGCUGCGGCCCCCAGCGCGGGGGGGUUUUAUUCAUAACUUCGUGGAGUAUUUUCAGUGCUACCCUGGCCUCGGCCCGGCUGGUGCGGGGGAAGCUGUGAGCGGUCCCCUUGCCACCGUAUCCCCGCUGCCCUUGCAGGCGCCGGGGGAGAAGCCGCCACGCCGCCGCCCGGCUCCAUCAAUCCCGCGUGGCCGUUGUUUUGCAUGAUUAAUUAGCGAGGAGGGUGACGGGAGGCGGUGGCAGGGGUGGUGGUGAGAGCACCGCCCUCCCCUCCCGGCGCGUCGCUGACGCCUGGGAGCUUCCGAGCGGACGCCAGCCCUAUGUAAAUGUUCACAAAUAUGCAUGCAUGUCUGACCAGCUUGGAACGUGGUCUUGGCUACGUCUAGCCGGCUGUGGGGUGAGGGGGGUGGGGAGAGGGGUUUUUGUGCUCAGCUGAUACUGCCAUGCACUGUACUGCACAUGUCCGCAACGCCACAGCAGGACCGUGAGACUUUCAGGGCCGUCCCCGCGGGGUCCGCGCCCGCGGCGGCGGCGUGUGCAAGGGACCGGGGUGGGAGGGGGCGGCUCCCCGCGGGGCGGGGGGCAGGCGCGGGGCUGGCCCCGGCGGUGGCUCGGCCGGGUGCGAGGUGAGGGGCCGCGCCCGGCACGUGGGUGGGCACGGUGGCGUUCCCCGCGCCCAGGGCCGGAGGGCAGUGCCAGCCACCGCUGGGCCGGCCCCGGACGCUGCCCGGUCGGGCGCGGGGGGGCGGCGAGCGGUUGUGGGGGGCUACGGGCCGGCUCCCCCUCGCCGCCCUUUCCCACCUCUCCGGCGGCCAGCAUCGAGGCCGAGGGCCCCGGCCCGGCGCCACCCGCUCCGCCGCGGCACGGGCGCCGGCACCGCUGGGCUCGGUGCCCCUUGGGCAGGACCCCGGCCCCUUCCCCGUCCCUCACUCAGUGACAGAUAACCAAAGGAGUCCCCGGCUUCGCGCCCCCGGAGACGCCCCCUCCUCCCCUCCCGCCCUCGCGGUGCCCAGGGAGCCAGGAAAGCCUUACGGUCCUUUGACGGCGACUCGAAAGCUCACAGCUCGUGUGCUGCAGAAUUUAUUCCAAUGAGCAGCUAAAAGUAUCAUUUAAAAAAAAAAUAACAAAAAGAAAAAACGACAAAAAAAAUACUAAAAAACAAUUAUUUAGGGUGUUUGUGAUUGCUGACUGCGCUGUAGAUACCACUGUUUACCAAUGAAUUCCUGUGGUGGGAUAGUGGACUGUUUACUGUUCUAUUAUACCAGUCCCCGGGCCCUCCGGUGGGACCCCCGCGUUCCCCGCGGCUCCCCGGAAGGUGCUAGGACGUGUGUUCUGUGUUAGAAAGUUUUUAUAUAUAUAUAUAUAUAUAUAAAUAUAUAUAUAUAAUUUUUUUUGCUCUGUUACUUGCACAUUUUACAGUUACCUCAUUUUUCCCAUGUAUGUAUUUGAAAAAAGGCUAAUAUAUAGAAAAAAAAGGUUCUUAAAGCUCUAAAAGUGUUUGUUUUUUUCCAUUCCAUUGGAAUCAUAUUGGUUUUGUAGCAUUUAACAUAACUAGUAUGUUGUAUUAUAUAUAUGUGUAUUAUACUGAUUGAAAUUUUUAACAGAUUUGUACUUUUUUUAAAAUGAAAGUUGCUAGUUCUGCUUGACCAAGUAGUGCAAUCAUUAUUUUUUUUAAUGUUGUGGCUGAUUUUGAGAGGGAUAUUCACUAAUAAAUGUAUGAUGUAUACCAACA